CCCUCGUCGGAGUCAGGGAAGGGGGUCCAGGUGCAAGCGACUGCUCCUUUCUCAAGAGUUGAUGUUUCACCUCGUUUCGCUGCGGUGUGCGCCGACCGACACGACACGUAAUCAUUCUUUAGCGCUCAUCCUUGCGGUUAAUGAGUGACUGCCUUUGUUCUGGCCUCUCAUACCAAUUGAUUCUUUUGCACUUGAAAACAACUGUCAAUGAAAUGUAUGUAAAAGUUGACGUGCUAAUUUGCACUUUUUGAAACAUCGACAGGGUUUAAAAAAGUUUUCUACAAGUUGUGGAGUUUACUGGGAGAUGCUGGGUGUGGGGCGGUCUUUUCAAUUUCUCAUGAAUUCAGCGUGGCCCUUUCAGUUUUUAAAGCCCGCCCACUGACCAUUAUCAGCCAGCAGGCCUUAAAUACACCGCUGCUCGCUUUUUGUCUGAACACACACACACGGGUGCGCACAGAAUUUCCAACCACACACCACCAUGAGGGAGUUCAAGAGCAAGGCGUUCUGGAGGGCCGUCCUGGCCGAGCUGGUGGGCAUGACCCUCUUCAUCUUCCUCAGCAUCGCGGCGGCCAUCGGCAAGCCCGGCGAUCCGGGUCAGGAGGUCAAGGUGUCGCUAGCCUUCGGGCUGGCCAUCGCCACGCUGGCGCAGAGCCUGGGCCACAUCAGCGGCGCCCACCUCAACCCGGCCGUCACGCUGGGCAUGCUCGCCAGCUGCCAGAUCAGCGUGUUCCGGGCCGUCAUGUACGUCGUGGCCCAGCUGCUGGGCUCGGCCCUCGCCAGUGGCAUUCUGUACGGAGCCCGGCCCGCCGCCACUGACGAGCUGGGCCUCAAUAAGCUGAGCGGCAUCACCCCCAGCCAAGGCGUGGGCAUCGAGCUACUGGCAACCUUCCAGCUGGUGCUGUGUGUCAUCGCCGUGACUGAUAAAAGGCGACGCGACAUCACCGGCUCGGCGCCAUUGGCCAUCGGACUCUCCGUGUGCCUGGGACACUUGGCGGCGAUCAGCUACACCGGCUGCGGAAUCAAUCCCGCGCGCACCUUCGGUCCAGCUUUAAUCCUGAACGACUUCAGCAACCACUGGGUGUACUGGGUGGGGCCCAUGUGCGGCGGCGUGGCGGCGGCCCUCGUGUACGACUUCCUCUUGUCGCCCAAGUUUGACAACUUCCCCGAACGCAUCCGGGUGCUGGUGAGUGGCCCCGUGGACGACUACGACGUUAACGGCGGCAACGACGCCUCCACCGUGGAGAUGGCAACGAAAUAGUCGGCCGAGCAUGCAGCUUGCCGCGCAUGUUUAUACGCCGCUUUAAAAAGAAAGAAAGAAAGCUGUUUGUUUUAGCGGAAUUUUAUCUGGAAGCUGCAAGAGUCUUAUUUGUAGCUCACGCACACACACACACACACAUACACACACGCUGUACCUUCAAUGUUGCAAAAAGCUUAUCAGCGUGUGUUGAAAAUGUUCUCCCAUUAUCAGUAUUCUAUGUUGUGCCAUUAUUUUGUAUACAUGAAUGUGCUUUGAUCACUUUUGUCCGUAUGUUAUUGAAAUGUCACUUUUUUAAAGAAAUUAAACACUUGUUGUUUCACUUGAA